UGGACUUUGUGUAAACAUGGCGAGCCUGGUAGAUGUCGGCUGGAAACUCCUGGAAUUCAAAGCCCGAUCAAAAAGAUCAGGUUCCAUCUAUGAACCUCUUAAGCUGUCUAUUCUCCAUCGGGAGGAUGAGCCCCUAUGGGAGAAGCUGGACCGCUACUACAAUGCUGUCAAGACAACCAUUCUGAACUACCAGAGUCCCACCACAGGCCUUUUCCCUGUCAAAACAUGCUCCACGUGCAAAGAGGCCAAGGUCCGGGACUCCCUGUAUUGUGCUGCUGGUGCCUGGGCCCUGGCCAUGGCCUACAGACGCAUUGAUGACAACAUGGGGCGAACGCAUGAGUUGGAGCAUUCUGCUAUCAAGUGUAUGAGAGGGAUCCUCUACUGCUACAUGAGACAGGCUGAUAAGGUGGAGCAGUUUAAACAGGAUCCCAGCCCCUCAAAGUGUCUGCACUCAGUGUUUGACGUAGACACCGGAGACGAGGUUCACUCCUACAACGACUACCACCACCUGCAGAUCGAUGCUGUUUCUCUGUUUCUGCUGUACCUGGUGGAGAUGAUCUGCUCUGGUCUUCAGAUCAUUUACAACACUGAUGAGGUUUCCUUCAUCCAGAACCUGGUUUUCUGUGUGGAGAGGGCCUACAGGGUGCCUGACUACGGCAUGUGGGAACGAGGCAGCAAAUACAACAAUGGCAGCACUGAGCUGCAUUCCAGCUCUGUGGGUCUGGCUAAAGCUGCUCUGGAGGCCAUUAAUGGAUUCAACCUGUUUGGAAACCAGGGCUGUUCAUGGUCUGUGAUAUUUGUGGAUCUGGAUGCCCACAACAGGAACAGGCAAACCCUCUGCUCCCUGCUGCCCAGAGAGUCUCGCUCCCAUAACACAGAUGCAGCCUUGCUUCCAACGAUCAGCUAUCCUGCCUUUGCGGUGGAUGAUGAUGCUCUGUACAGUCAAACACUGGACAAGAUAGUUCGCAAGCUGCGGGGAAAAUACGGCUUCAAACGUUUCCUCCGCGAUGGCUACCGCACGGCCAACGAAGACAAGGAUCGUCGCUACUACAAACCUGCUGAAAUGAAGCUUUUUGAUGGAAUCGAGUGCGAGUUUCCCAUAUUUUUCAUCUACAUGAUGAUUGACGGGGUGUUUAGAGGAAAUAAAGCUCAGGUCAAAGAAUACCAGGAACUCCUUGAGCCCAUCAUCUUCCAGUCAUAUGAGGGCCAUGCUGUGAUCCCCAAAUACUACUACGUACCGGCCGAUUUUGUGGAGGCGGAGCAGAACAAGCAUGGGAGCCAGAAGCGUUUUCCGAGCAACUCUGGACGUGAUGGGAAGGUCUUCCUGUGGGGUCAGGCCUUGUACAACAUCGCCAAACUGCUGGUGGAUGAGUUGAUCAGCCCUAAAGAUAUUGAUCCCAUCCACCGCUACGUGCCCCGCCAGGACCAGCGUAAUGUCAGCAUGCGAUACUCCAAUCAGGGCCCCAUAGAGAAUGAUGUUGUGAUUCACGUGGCCCUUAUUGCUGAGAGCCAGAGAUUGCAGGUGUUUCUGAACACCUAUGGCAUUCAGACUCAGACGCCCCAGCAGGUGGAGCCGAUCCAGAUCUGGCCUCAGAAAGAACUGGUCAAGGCUUACCGUUUCCUCGCCAUUAACAAGAAGCUAGGGUUGAAUGGGCGUCCAGACAGGCCAGUGGGCUGCAUCGGGACCUGCAAGGUCAUGGGUGACCAUACCCUGAUAUCUGGAGCGGUGGUGGAGCAGUUGGACUUCCUGCGUGUUAAUGAGGCAGAGAUCUCGGAGUUUAAGAGCUUUGAGGAGCUGGAGCUGCCUAAACACUCCAAGGUGAAGCGUCAGAUGAGUACCCCCAACGCCUCAGAACUGGAGCAGCAGCCAGAGAUCAGUGUGGAGGAGUGGCUGGACAAGCCCACCCAUGAGAUCAUCAAGAAGUUCCACGACUCCAACUGUUUGGCCAGUCAGGCUCAGCUCGCAGGGAUCCUUCUGAGGAGAGAAGGACCAGACUUUCUAACUCAAGAUGAGAACCUGAUGGAUGAACUGGAGAGAAUCUACAGAAGAGCUGGCAGCAGAAAGCUUUGGUCUGUUGUCCGCCUCGCUGCUAGUCUCUUAACUAAGCUGGUGGACAGCCUUGCCCCCAGUAUAACUAGUGUUUUAGUGCAUGGCAAGCAGGUGACUCUCGGCCUAUUCGGCCAUGAAGAAGAGGUGAUCUCCAACCCGCUGUCGCCUGGGGUGAUCCAGGGCAUCAUCUACAGCAAGUGCUCCCCUCACGGUGGUGAGCUGGAGGCUGUUCUUCAGCAGGAGCUGGUCAUCCAUAUCGGAUGGAUUAUCUCCAACAACCCAGAGCUGUUCAGCGGCAUGCUCAAGAUCAGAGUCGGCUGGAUCGUCCAGGCCAUGAAACAUGAGCUAAAGAUCCGGGCAGGAGACAUGCCCCCCCAGGAAAUCUACCAACUCUCCCCCAGCGACAUCAAGCAGCUCCUGCUGGACGUCCUGCAGCCGCAGUACACCGGCAGGUCAUGGCUGAACAGGCGUCAGAUCGAUGGCUCUCUGAACAGGACCCCUCUGGGCUUUUAUGACCGUGUGUGGCAGAUCCUGGAGAGGACCCCCAACGGUAUUCAGGUGGCUGGGACUCACCUCCCGCAGCAACCCACACUGUCUGACAUGACCAUGUACGAGAUGAACUUCUCCCUGCUGGUGGAGGACACCCUGAAGAAGAUUGUCCUGCCCGAGUACAGACAGAUCAUAGUGGAGCUGCUGAUGGUGGUGUCCAUCUUGCUGGAAAGAAACCCGGAGCUGGAGUUCAGCGACCCGGUGGAUCUGGACUAUCUGGUGAAAGAAGCCUUCGGUGAUUUCCAGAGGGAUCACAGCAGCUUUGAAGGGAAAGAGAAACAGGAUGGUAUGGAGGCUUUCUACAACACACCUCCUGUGGGAAAGAGAGGCACCUCCAGCUAUCUCACCAAGGCUGUUAUGAUCCAGUUACUGCAAGGGGAUGUCAAGCCCUGCAAGGAUGACCCCUGUUCUGUUAGUUAGAUUUACAAUGUGAUGACCCCCCUAUGCAGUGUAGUCUUCAAAUGGUCCAGUAAGGACGACUGAGUAUCCAUCACACAUAUUCAGAAGAAAACCUCUCUCCUACCCACUCCUCCUAAGCUACACACCCGUAGAUUGUGGUUGGUUUUAUUAUAUAUUAUAUACUACAACUAGAGGUCAUGCACGAACAGUUUUUUUGUCAGUUAUAGUGUCACUGGAGUCUUAUUUGUAUUAUCUCUAUACAUAUAUGUUUUGUCAGAGUUCUGCAUUCCGUCUGCAUUGCAUAUCAAAUUAAGAUUUAUAUUGAUUAAAUGCAACCUCUAACCUUUAUUGAGGGGGCACAGAUUGGUAACUUUUGCCCCAAGGGUUUUAGCACUUUGCCCCAACAGUUAAUAUACUGCACAUCCACCAUCCACCGGUUAUGUAGGAACUUUACUUAAGCUGCUUUCAGACAUGCACCGAAAUCCUGCUCUGCACAUUUUCCUGAGAUGUUCUUGAAUAGUCCCCCAGUAAACUGUUUGGAAAGUGUCAGAGUGAGUCCAUGUCAGAAUACAACAGGAAAUUCACAAGCAAGUAGGUGGGCGUGUUGGUGACAUUUCUAAUAAUUGGCGUGAAACUGAAAAUAACAGAAUGCAAAUAUUUCAUGAUUCAAAAGAGGAUCCAAACACACAGAAGAGGCUGAUGAAUAUGUUAAUUUGGAAAGAGAACGAUAUUCGAUACGCUCUACACAGACGCCGCUGAAUUUUCCUGUUGUUGUCAAAGAAUCUGAUUUAAACAAACUCCUGCUGUGUUCCUCAUGUUUGAAAAGCAAAAAGUCCGGAGCCAAUUUCGUAGUUCAUGUCUGAAGAUGGCUGUAUGGAGUUCAGUCUCCCAACUGGGAUAACUAUUUGAGUAAUUAAAGUUUUAAUACAAGUUGGUGGAUAGCUUUUUCAAAGAUCCAGUUAGCUAACUACUGUUAGCUUACUCUUUCUCCAAUGCUAAAUAUAUUAUAAAAGAAUAUAUCAAAAUAAAAUUAAAGAGAAAAAAAUUACAUUCUAUCCAAAUGUAAGAAGGGAUGUUAGGCUGAAUUGACUUAAGCUGUAACAGAACAUUUAUAUGACUGGUAUCGAUCUUCUCUUUUAAUUUUUUGUUAGAAAGUGAAGCAGCAUGUUUCUCAGAAUGUGGAGCUGUCUCUCUAAAUUUUUGCUGUUGCUUAAAAAAUCAGUUUAAAAUGUUUUGCUCUGGCUAUCAGGUGUAACGCCAUCAUGAACUGUGCUACAUGAACCAGGCUCAGAUGUAGCCAUUCAAACUGUACAUUUGGCCUCACCAGCAAUAACAUAGCAAUUUAAUAUGCAAUAUGCUAUUCAGUCAGUAUCAGGUCAACCUGUUUCAUGAGAGAUGUGGUUCUUAAAUUGGCUCCAGGGGCCUUAAAUUUGUGAGACUUCUAUGAAACAGAAAGUGGUUAAUUUUGUCAUUACUUCAUGUAUCAUGAUUCCUUAAAAAUACACAUAUGGAUCCUGAUCAAAUGCAGCUUAAGAUUCAGUGUGUAAGAUUUUGGUGAAAGAGAUCUAGUGGCAGAAAUUGAAUAAAUAAUAAUCCUAGUGAUGUUUUCACGUGUGUUUCAUCUCAAUUGUACAAAUUGUUGUUUUCUUUACCAUACAAUGAGCAGCUACUGAAACUGAACUGAAAGCUACCUCGGGUUUUCCUUCAUGUUUGGAAGGGGAGGGUGGGGUGAGGGAUAUUCAGCUGCAACAUGCAACUUUACCACUAGAUGUCACUAAAUUCUACACACUGAAUCUCUAACCUUGUAAACCUCAGUCACAGUAUCUGCAGGUCUUUGGCAUUUGAUAGUUUCAGAACCACAGCAGAGAAUAUCAAAUUUAUUUUUUAGUGAGUUAUACAAAAUAUAUUAAUUAUGAAAAUACAUACAUGUCAGCAUUAGGUGUGUUGUACUGUGUUGAGUUUCUCUUCGAAAAACUCUGUGUGCUCUUACCUCCGUGCAUGCACAGUCUGCUGCAUGACAAUAGGGAUCGCUUUAGCCAGCGUGAUGGUUUCUCUGAAUGUUAUAAGCUACAAAAUAGAGUUUCUGAGAGGCCCAUUUCUGCACAAUAGGGCUCUGCAUGACAAUGACAACUGCUCAUCUGAAGUGGCGGGACAGAAAAUGCUGUUUUGUUGAAUGUGGGCAACUGAAAAUAAUGCUGUCAACCUUAUGUAGAAAUGAUGAAAGGUUCUCUAUUUGAAAGCGUGCCUUUCUGAAUAUCAUCACUGUGAUGAACCUGCCUAACCGUGUUACUGUGUGUGUGUGUGUGCUGUUUACCCUUUUCAUUCAAAAGAAGUAGUUUUGAAAAUACCAGAAUAAAAUCAUCGUGGAAACGUUA